AUGCUGAGUGGGCGUCCUUCGGGAGCCAACACUCGCAUGGCUCACGAAGAAUUGGCGCUGUAUUACAGCUCGGAUCGGGUUUCUGAUGGAUCGUAUGACUCGCAUCAACACACCACCACGCUCUACUCACACAGCCACAUGACUCCCCCGACCACCCCAAACAGCUCCCAGGAAGAUUUAUUUCCAGAGCCGACGGGUGCGCCGGUUUUUCACAACUUCCUAAGGACCUUUUAUCCUUUUCAUCCAAGCUACACUGUGUCAGACUCGAGUGUGACGCUUCCCCUUGAAGAAGGAGAUGUAAUUUUGGUACAUUCGGUUCACACCAAUGGAUGGGCGGAUGGAACGUUGUUGGCAUCUGGCGCAAGGGGAUGGCUCCCAACUAACUACUGCGAAGCCUAUGAGCCGGAGGACAUGCGAAAUCUGCUCAAGGCGCUUCUGAAUUUCUGGGACUUACUUCGAAGCACCUCGGUAAAUGAUAGUGAAAUGUUUCGGAAUCAAGAGUUUAUGAAGGGCAUCAUCGCCGGUGUGCGGUUUCUACUGGAACGAACGGGGUGUUUAAAUAGAGAGUCGAGUGUCGUGCAACGGAGCGAUACCUUGCGUAAAGGACGCAAAUCAUUGCUCUCCGAACUGUCAUUGCUGGUGAAAACGGCUAAACGAUUGCAGGAGAGCCAAAAUGGUACUCUCUACCCGCCCGAGGACGCCAACGAUAUUAUUGACGAAAUGAUACUGCGAGCUUUCAAAAUCGUAACAAAAGGUGUCCGAUUUCUUGACGCACUGGAAGAGGACAGGCGGGCCCGCGUACCAGCAUCAGUCACUGUAAUGGCGACCGUCGCUGAAGAAUCAUUCAUACCACCGACUCCGCCUGCUGAUCGAGCCCAUUUUGAGGAUCAAAAUUUGGACAAUGUUUCCACUGAAGCAGGCUCACAUGCCGCCACAACUGAUGAGGGCACCAGCGUCACAGGUAUGGCGGUGUCGGAAUCCAUUGAAGGCGGUCCCAACUCGCCCGGGCCCUGGGCCAAGCGCAUGUCGUCUCUCAACGCACCAAUCAACCAUGGUCCCUCGACGGGCUCCGGCCAGAACAGCAAUCCACAAGGCAGCUUGCAGAGCCACCGCCUCUCUGUGGGCAUGGCGCACAGAGUCUCGCUUGCUGGACCAUCCCCUUUAUCACGGCCCCAGCAUUUAGUGUCCGAACGCCUGAACCGCAGCCAUGACAAGUUUCUCUCCCACCUGGGCUCCUUCAUUGGAAGGCUACAUCUACAGUCACAAUCACGACCAGAGUUAUCGUUCGCUAUCAAACAGUCUGCUAUCUGUGGUGGGGAGCUACUUGCUGUAAUGGAUGGCGUAUGUGCGUAUAAAAACUCUAGCCUGGCCUCCCUGGGCAAAGUUCGCAUUGCCAUGUUUGAGCGCAUCCAAGCUCUUGUCACCUCGGCACGAGACACCCUGGCCAACGCUGCGACGGAGGGCGCCGAUUUGAUCAUGCCACAGGAUAAUGGAAUAUUGCUCAUGGCUGCUACUGGGUGUGUCAGAGUAGCUGGCGAAUGUGUUGCGAAAACAAAAGUGGCUAUUGAACGGGUUGGAGACUUCGAGUUCGAGCUUGAAGGAUUUUCUCUGGGUAUUGAUUUGAGCAUCCUUGACAUUGCGGAAGAACGGGCUAGAACACCUUUGGCUACCGAACGAUCAGACAUGGUCGUCAGCACUGCGAAAUCAUUUCAGACAUCCGAAUCAUCUUUUCCAGCCCCGCGACGACUCGUUGGUCCUUUUGCCGCUGCUGAGAAACCGCUUCCACGAGUGCCUCGUCUCAGCAUUCCUGAGAACAUAGUCCGCCAGUUCAACUCUCCAAUCUCCUCCAGGCCCUCUUCUGUCCACGACGACAAUGCUUCCAGCGUUGCUUCUUCAGUCUCAUCGAUUCGUCCAGCACUGCCGACACUACCCAAAUCUGCCAACGCACCAAGCCAUUCCGGACACGACGAGUCGAGUAUUGACGCCGCGAGAAUGGACCAGGAGCAUGCGGCUCACUUUGACAGCCUUGUAGCCUCCAGUGCGGCAAGCAGCGGUACAUAUUUGAGCAGGGAUUCAGAGUCGAGCGUCCUGUCACAGACUUCCACUCGCGCGACGACUCCGGAUCAAUGUCUAGCACCUCGUAACCAACCGUCAAUGUCUGAUAUGAGUGUUUCGGGGAGCCUAUCACAGACGGAUGAACAGGAUGAUGUGGAAACGAGGCUUCUGGAGAAGACUUUUGCUCACGAGCUCAUGUUCAACAAGGAAGGUCAAGUGACUGGUGGCUCGCUUCCAGCCCUGGUUGAACGCUUGACGACGCAUGAGUCCACCCCAGAUGCCACUUUUGUGUCGACCUUUUUUCUCACCUUUCGUUUGUUCUGCACACCAAUUAAGCUCACGGAGGCCUUGAUCGAACGCUUCGAAUACGUUGGCGAGUUUCCUCACAUGGCUGGUCCAGUCAGACUAAGGGUCUACAACGCCUUCAAGGGUUGGCUUGAAUCACACUGGAGAGACCAAACUGAUCGAGAGGCCUUGAAAUUGAUCAUACCCUUUGCCGAGCUGAAACUUAUCUCUGUUCUUUCAUCUGCAGGGCGGCGAUUACUAGAGUUGGCCAAGAAGGUCUCUGGACAAGGUUCACUUGUCCCGCGACUUGUAUCAUCGAUGGGCAAGACCAAUACCUCUAUUGCGCAAUACGUACCUGCUGAUGCUCCACUUCCUCAUCCCGCCAUCUCCAAGGGCCAACAGCACCUGCUCACUGCUUUUCGAACAGGGGGUAAUGGGCCAACUCUCCUUGAUCUCGAUCCUCUUGAGCUCGCCCGACAGUUGACUAUCAAACAAAUGAGCAUCUUUUGUUCCAUUUUGCCGGAAGAGCUGCUGUCCUCGCAGUGGAUGAAAAAGGGUGGCGUUGAUGCCCCGAAUGUUAAGGCUAUGUCAGCUUUGUCGACAGAUCUUUCCAAUCUCGUUGCUGAAACCAUUCUUCAGCACUCCGAGAUAAAGAAGCGUGCCGCAAUCAUAAAGCAGUGGAUCAAGAUAGCCUAUCAGUGUCUUGAACUACACAACUACGAUGGCCUCAUGGCUAUCAUCUGCACCCUGAACAGCAGCACAAUUAGCCGGCUGCGGAAAACGUGGGACGCUGUAUCUAGCAAGCGCAAGGACAUGCUACGGCUUCUACAAGGGAUUGUGGAGCCCGCGCAGAACAACAAGGUCUUACGCACUCGACUCCAUGACCAUGUGCCACCAUGUCUGCCUUUUCUCGGAAUGUACCUUACCGACUUGACCUUUGUUGACAUCGGUAACCCUGCUACCAAGCAAAUGUCUCUUGGAACGGAUGGCGACGAAGACGGCUCAGGCGGUCUCACCGUGGUCAAUUUUGACAAACACACACGUACCGCCAAAAUCAUCGGCGAUCUGCAGCGUUUUCAGAUUCCGUAUAGGCUCAUGGAAGUCCGCGAGAUGCAAGAGUGGAUCACUGCGCAGAUCAGGCGAGUUCGCGAGGGCGACCAAGGAAAUGUCCAGGUUACCUACUACCGGAAGAGCUUGCUACUUGAACCUCGUGAGAGUGCUUCUCGGCGGGAGACGGAACCUCCGACACCCGUUUCCUCUGGGACAGGACCUUCUAGAGGGGACCUCUUUGGGUGGAUGUCGCGUGAUCGAGGUCAAACACCAACUCCAGCUCAGGGUUAA